UGAAAACUGGCGAAAAAAUAGAACUAUUUUAACAGGAACUUGGACUUUGGGUGGUUGUCAAACAGCAGUAUGACACAGGCCUGUCUAUUUCAUUGUUGACCACUCAGCUAUGGCUCUCUGAAUCAACAUGAUUUGUCUGGCUUUUGAAAUGUCAAAGAAGCAAAAAGUGGCUCUCGCUGCCACUGGUAUGGCCGGGGCGAGCUUGGUGGCCUGGAAAGCCUUCUUUCCUUGGAUCGGUGAUGACAUCAAAACGAUUCGAGCGCUAUCAAAGGCUCUCAAAAUGAGUAAAAAAAAUAUCAUGGAAGGGCGGUCAGCUUUGAAGAUGUUGGAGGAAAAUGUAGCCCGAUUUCCCAAAAAGACAUACAUUAUCUUUGAGGAUCGCCACUUUUCCUAUGAGUACGUGGAUGCCAUGGCCAACAGGGUCGCCAAUCUAGCCAUGACGUGGGGCCUCCCUCUUCACACACCCGUGGCCAUGAUGAUAGAAAACGAACCAGCCUUCAUAUGGACGUUUUUUGGAUUACGAAAGGCCGGACUGUCGGCAGUAUUCAUCAAUUUCCAUCUGAAAGGGAAUCCUCUUGUUCAUUCCUUAAAAGUCAGCGAGGCACCGGUACUCAUUAUUGGUCAAGGUGAUGAACAUUUACAAUCCCUCCAAGAGAUAAUGGGCGAAUUGCCGGACAUGAAGAAGUAUGCUAUUGGGAGUCAACAGGCCGAUCUCCCCCCAGAAUUUAUCGCAAUGGAUGAAGUCCUCCUCCGCACUCUACCUGUGCCACUGUCUCCAGCUUGUCGGGGGGAGCAAAGUCUGCUUGCUCCUGUGUGUUAUAUAUACACGUCUGGUACAACAGGACUACCCAAACCCGCUGUUAUCAAUCAGGCAAAAGCAAUAGCUGCAUCCGCAUUCUGGCACAUCUUUGAUUUUAAUGAGAACGACAUAGCAUAUGCUGUAACCCCUCUUUACCACAGUGCCAGUUUCUUAAUGUGUGUGUACAACACCUUAGAUCAAGGAGCCACAGUAGUUUUACGGCGGAAGUUCUCCGCACGCCAUUACUGGGAAGAUGUACGGAAACAUAAAGUGACUGUCAUUCAGUAUAUUGGGGAGCUGUGUCGUUAUUUGCUACGUGUUCCCAAGAGCGACCUAGACGGUGUCCAUAAUGUGCGCGUUGCAUUUGGAAACGGACUGAGGGUAGAUAUUUGGGAAGAAUUCAAAAAUAGGUUUAAAAUUCCCCACAUUGUGGAAUUUUUUGGUGCGACAGAGGGCACGGGUGUUUUCACCAAUGUUACAAAUACCGUUGGUGCAAUCGGCCGGAUGUCGCCUUUAAUGAGGGCAACUAUAUACCGAGAUGUUAAUUUUCAAAUCCAUUUUCUUAAAUUUGACAAUAGUACUGAGAAACCAGUUCGGGACAAAAAUGGACUAUGCAUCCCCAUUAAACCAGGGGAGGUUGGCCUUGUAAUAUCCUCAGUUAACGAACAGCUGUACACCGGGUUUUACAAGGGCCCUAAAGAGAUGAACGAAAAGAAGUUCGUUAGGGACGUGUUUAAAAAGGGGGACCGAUUCUUUUCCUUUGGAGACCUGGUAUACCUGGACAAAGACUACAACAUAUACUUCAGAGACAGGACUGGAGAUACGUUUAGGUGGAAGAGUGAAAACGUCUCGACGUCAGAGGUUGCCAACGUCAUAAGUCGGAUUCCCUUCAUACGUGACGUCAACGUUUAUGGCGUGACUAUCCCUGGCGAAGAUGGACGUGCAGGAAUGGCAGCCAUUAUGCUGAAACACGAAGAUAAUCAGAUCACGGACGACAAACUACGUACGAUCUACUCUGUAUGUCAGAAGGAACUUCCGGUUUACGCUCGUCCCUUGUUUAUUCGAUUCAUGUCAGAGUUUAUCAUUACGCAAACCAUGAAGAAUCGGAAAGUGGAACUUGUGGAGGAAGGAUAUGACCUUCAGAAGGUCGAUGACCCUAUCUAUUUUUACGACUCAAAAAAUAAAAUGUAUUCCCCGUUGACAAGGACAAAUUAUGAGGGUGUUCUUUCCUCCAAAUUAUGAAAAAGUGCCCCCCCCCCCUUGAUGCUACGUGCCUGCUCGAUACUUGUAUGUAGAUAUUUGAAUUGAUCCUUAUUGUAGACAAAACAGAUACCGGUAUGCCAAAAUAAAGCAAUAUGAAUAAAAAGUGAUAAAUUGCAUAAUUUUUCAUGUAUGUAUAUGUAAAUGUGAUAUUGAUUUUUUCCGGUGCGUGCAUGGCUUUUCUGUUUUCCAUGUCAUUUUGAUUGUGAAAGUAUAAUUGCUGUAUUAUUUGAAUUUUAUAUCAGUUAAUAAAUGUACAAUGCAU